GAGAAGGCGGAAUGUGGUAAUGAUGAUGAGAUGAGAGUGAGGGGAACAACAACCUUGAAGGGAAACUCGAGUCAGAUGAAUGGCAGAAUCAAGCCUCAGGCAUCCGCCAGCAGUAAGCUAAACUGCACGGGAUGGACUGAGCGUGAAGUAUUCUCGACAGUAUUAAAGGUUGACUUCUACCUACUACUUCCUCCCUGUGAUCUGCCAUGGAAUGGACGGCGUGGUCGCCAUGGCUCUUACAUUCAUGACCUUGCGAUAAUUCCUCUCCCAAUCGUCUCUAUAGAACCGUGGCUCCACUAGACACACCCAACUUCCGGAAUCGCUCUCCCAACGCCAAUGACCUCCUCCCUUCGACGACAUCCACAUCUGGAUUCGGUAGGAUCCUGAGGUCUUCUCAUCACUCCUCGAUUCCUCGCCCCUUUUCUUUCCUUUUCCCUUUUCUCAAUAAUCUCCUCCCGAGGCCGCCUUCGCCGAAUGGCUCCUAGCGACCCGCCCUCGUCCCACACGAAGCCUCCCACCGAUCGCAACGUGAAACAUGUCGUACUAGGCGACCUCUUCUUCCGGACAUGGUACCAGUCCAUCUAUCCAGAGGAUCUCGUCAGCAAAGACACAGACCGACUAUACGUGUGUCGCUAUUGUUUCCGCUACUCGUGCGACGUCGACCGCUACGCGAAACACACGCGCCUCUGCGCGCACCGCUCGACCCCCCCGGGCAAUAAAGUCUACGAGCAUGGCGGAUACUCGGUGUGGGAGCUGGAUGGCGAGGACCACAAGCUGUACGCGCAGAACCUGUCUCUGUUCGCGAAGCUGUUCCUAGACCACAAGUCGGUGUUUUUCGAAGUCGCUUCCUUCCUCUACUACCUGCUCGUUUUUACCGACCCUGCCGAUCCCGACACCUAUCAUAUUCUGGGCUUCUUUUCGAAGGAGAAACUGUCGUGGGAUGCGAAUAAUCUUGCGUGCAUUCUGGUUUUCCCGCCUUAUCAGCGGAAGCAGCUCGGGAAGCUGUUGAUGGGCGUGAGUUAUAAGCUGAGUGACUGGGAGCGCGAUACUGGGUUGAUCGGCGGGCCGGAGAAGCCGCUGAGUGAAAUGGGGCGGAGGAGUUAUAGUCGUUUCUGGGAGGAACGGAUUGUCAGGUAUCUCUUGCUUCGGGGCAUGGAUGCGACCGGAGACUCGAACGAGACUGCGCAGCAGAAACAGACACCUUCCAAGGCGUCUCGGAAGAGAAGCUCUUCGGAAGUGAUGACCGUUCAAGACAUCGGGUUGGCGACGGGUAUGCUGGCUGAGGAUGUUAUAACUGCGCUCAAGGGCCUGGGGCUUAUGGAGCCUGUUAGCCCGUCGAAGAGGCGGAAGACGAAAACAAACGAGGAGAUGGCCGAUAAGGAGACGGUCGUCUUACGGAUGUCCAAGGUAUCGGACUGGGCGAACGCCCACCAUCUUUCUCUACGGGAUCCUGUAAGAGAUGAUGGUUUUCUCGGGCGAUGGGCCCCAGAAAACAUAUACGCACGAGACAGUACGUCAGGCGAUGAAGGAGAUGAAGACGAAGAAGAGGAGGAAGAAGAGGAGGACGAGUAGAUUGUUCUUACUCACCUCGCACAUGUAUUAUACCUUUUCCUUUCGUUCACUGGGUUCUUUGCGGCGUGGGGUUUGCAUCAUUUUAUAUUACUGGGAACGCGUUACGGAUAGAUACCAUUGCAUAUGUUAGGCUUGUGAGGUUGUCCAGAAUUGGCUUGUUAGGAUAAUUGAUUAAGAUAAGGCGUUCCGUGUGUAUCUGGUACACGUA